AUGGCCAGAGCUGGUAGAAAAGUAACUGAUGACAUCAUAUCGCUCAUUCUUGCUCAAGAUAAAAAUAACAAACCAAUAGAAAUCCUUAAGUUCCGUAUAUUUCAUUGCGAUAUACUUGUAUGUAUUGCGUUAACAUUAGAAGCUAAAAAAAUUUCUGAAUUGAAAUCAUUGGAAAUCAAUAUUUUCAAUGAUGAUGAAAUCAUUCGUUAUUGGUCAUUUCGAGGUUUAAGAGCAGCUUAUGAUAGAGGUUUCAGAUCUUCAACAUUUCUACAGUGGUGCGAUGAUAUUAUUAAUAAACUUGAAGACAAUACUGAUGUCGAAGUUAACUUCGAUUUAGAUUUAUUCGAGACCAUCGCGGCGUUAAAAUACAUUGAUUUUGAUAAAAUUGAUGGUAAACCACAAAAUCGAUGGAAUAGAGAGCUUUUAAUCUGUGAUUUAAUUGAACGAUUUUACAUAACUGAAGCAGAACGUUUUCAAUUCUAUGAAGCUUGGCUUGAUAUCGAAGAACAUAGAAAAAGUCAGAGUGAUAUAUUAUUAAAACUUUUACACCGUUUUCUAGUAAAUAAUAAUAAUGCGCCCUUUACGGAAUGUUACGAAACAGUAAAGAUUCUAGAUCAAAUUGAUUUCGACACUGCUCAUGAUAUUUUGUUGCAUAGUAGCCAAGCAUUUGUCGAUUUGAGACAGGCAUACCUGACAGUUAUUAUUCGUCAAUGUUUAUUAAAUAGAGCUGGAAUCAGUGGUAAAUAUAUUGAAGCUCUAGCAUCGAAUAUGAUGUCGAACUUUGGCUUUGAUCUAAGUCGAAAAUUUUUGAAUAGUUUACAAAGUAUCAGUAAUUUAUCAGAAUUCGAAAAUAUUUUGAAUUUUUCUAAAACAUAUCAUAUAAAAUUAUCGGAUAUUUAUGUUAAAAAUGCGACUGUUCCUAUACUAAAACGAUCAUUAGAAAUCAAACUGUUGGGUAAUCAAAUAGAAAAAGCUGAUCGACUCAAAUUAGGUGUUUGUCUGGAUGAUUUGUUAGAUAAGAAAUGGGCUUUCGAGCAAUUAAAUCAUUUUUUCAGUAUUGUGAAAGAAUCAAAUAGUCGAGAAAAAGCACGAUAUUUUUUAUCUGUUCUCAAGAUUAUUUCAUAUUAUAAAAUUCCGUCGAAAGAAGAAAACUAUGAAAAAAUAUCAACAAUUCUAAAGAAUUCAGCUGAAGAUUGGCAAAAAGAGAUCAAUAAAAUUGCAAUUGAAACAAACUUCUCUGAUAAAGGUCAAGUUAAAAUGUCAAGAGAGUUAGUAGAAGAGUUGCAAAGUAAAAAUUCACAGAAUGAAAAUUUGAAAACUUUAGAUGAAGAAAAACUAUUAGAUUUAAUAGAAAAAAUUAAAAGUUCAAACUUAUUGUCGUUAUUGUUCAAGAAUAUUGUAGAAAAAGACUCAAAUCCGAAGAAUCGAAUUCCUUCAAUUUCUAUCUCGCAAUGGACAAAAGAUCAUAUUCGUCUAUGGACAAAUAUGGUCAAAGAUUAUGCUACACUUUGUAUCGAUUCCGAAGAUUUCAUUAUAGAAGCUCUAGCAGUAAUCAAACAAGCAAACUUUAUAGAUACUGGAUUUCAUCUUACAGAUACACAAAUUCUAAGCUGUUUGAUUAUUUUGAAUGCCAACAAGAACCAAGGUAGAUUACUACAAGUAGGAACUGGCGAAGGUAAAUCAACUAUCAUCAGUGUAUUAGCAGUCGUUUACGCCUUACUAGGAAGUACCGUUGAUAUCAUAACGAGUUCACCCGUACUAGCAGAACGAGAUGCAAUAGAAAAAGAAAACUUCUACAUUAUGUUUGGUCUUCAAUGUAGUCAUAAUAAUGAUAAAGCAGUAUAUCUAUCGGGUCCAAAGAUGUGUUACAGAAAACAGAUUGUUUAUGGUGAAGCAGCACAAUUUCAAUUCGAUACACUGAGAACAGAAUAUGCUGAAUUGAGUACAUUAGCCGAUAGGAAAUGUGAUGUUGCCAUCGUUGAUGAAGUCGAUAGUAUGCUUAUUGAUGAUAGUUCGAAAAUAGCACGAUUAGCAUCGACUAUGUCAGGUAUGGAUCAAUUACAGAUAAUCUAUCAUCUAUUAUGGCAUCAACUUGUUUCUUUGCAAGAGAAAAUAAUUCGUUUAGAUAAUAAAAUGUAUUUAUUUUAUGGAAAAAUUAAGUUCGAAGAAAAACUAAUCACACUCGAAUAUGCAAAUGAACAAGGGAACAUUGUUACUAUUCCAGAUUUAAAAGCUCAUCUAGCCUGUACAUUCGAUAUAAGUAAUAUAGGAAAAUGUAUACCAGAAGAUGAUAUAGAAGAUGAAUUUAUUAAGAAGAACUUGGACAAUUAUAUUCGAACAUUCAUCAAGGAAAAUAUCAAAGUACCGAAAAAUUUCUCUGAUUUUGUUCAUUCACAAAUACCGAAAUGGAUAGAUAAUGCCAUUACAGCAUUGACCUAUCAAGAAAAUGUACAUUAUAUUGUACAUGAUGGUUUGAUAAAACCAGUCGAUUAUUAUAGUACAGGCCGAAAAACCAUUGAAACUGCCAUAACCCUCGUAGGAAGCACCAUUAGCCCAAAUCCUCUUAAAAUUUUUCUUAGAAUAACUAUCCCAACGUAG